AUGCCAGGCUGCGCACGCGACGAAGAACUGCUGUCGAUUAUGUCGAAACGUUGCCGAAGAAAGUUAAUUAAAGAGGAUGAUGAAGAAAAACCGGGUGGUGAAUCUGAGUCAAAAUCGCUGAUGAUAUUUCAAAAACAGAGCCCACCAAGUUGUAAUACCCCGCAAAAUGAAGAUUCUAUUGAUGAAGAGAUUUUUUCAAUAAAACGUUUUAAGAUAUCUGACACUGUUGAAAUAGAAAAAAAUAAAAAUUCAAUUGAAUAUAGAGCACAAGAUGUAAAUUUAAGUAAAGAAAUUCAACCGACUGAUAUUCGAAAACCAAAACAUAUUAUGAAUAAACAUGCAACCUCAAUCAUUAUUACAAAUACAGGAAAAUUACAUAACAAAGCAAAAACGGGACUUAGAUAUUCCAAAAAUAACGAUGUAAGGAACCGUGUUGAAGCCAUAGAACAAAAAGAAACAAUUUAUUUGAGUCCAAGUACCGGAAAAACCUGUCAAGUUUUACAAAAUGUUACCUUUCCCUCUUCUAGUGCCCCAACCACCCCAAGACAUCAGAUUAAAAAACAAAACAAAAAUUCGUCAUCUCUAUGUUCACCUUCAUUAGGCUUCCGUCAUAUAGUUUCUGAGAGCAGAGCUAGUUCUUUAUCAGAAAUUUCACGCUCCAAUUUACUAGACUGCGAUUUAUCUCUUAAUGAGGAAAAUUUAAAGGAACUACUUAAAACACCGGAACAAAAGAGAUCAAGUAAAAAAUAUAUGUCUGAAUUUGCAGUUAUAGACGACUCUAAUUUGUCCACAUGUGCAGAAAAACGAGAAAUAGAGGUUUCUGUGAUUGCUGAAAAUGUUUCGAAGGAUGUUGAUCGAAAACAACAAAACAGAGAUAAUAUCGAAGAUGUUAGUGACAACGGGGAUGAUAAGGAUUAUAGUCCUUCUAAUGACAAUUCAAGCGAUUCGGAAGGAUCUGAUAAUUAUUCAUUAGAGGUUUGCAUAGACGAAGAACAGGAAUUAGAAGAUGAAAAUGAAGAUACAGAAAACGAAACUUUAGACGCAGAAGAGGCAUUGCCCGACCGCCAAACUAACAAGAACGAUGACGAUGCGUGGGAAGACAUAUUGGAGAGUCCCUUAAAUUUUGAUGAAUUUGUUGGGGAAAAUACUUACAAUAUACCGCCGUUUGUAAAAUCACCUGAAGAUGUAUAUAAGUUAUUUGUAACAGAUGAGAUGAUCAAUAAAAUGGCAUUGGAGACAAACAAUUAUGCACAAAACUAUUUACGAACAAACCAACAAAAUAUGAAACGUAAAUCACGUAUGAAAGAGUGGACUAAUACUAGUUUUCAGGAAAUGAAAACAUUUCUGGCAGUUGUGAUGGCAAUGGGUUUAUGUAAAGUACCUCAUAUAAAUUUGUAUUGGAGCAAGAACAAAUUAUACAGAAACGAAUUUAUACGUUCAGCAAUGACAAGAGACAGAUUUUUACUCCUAUUAAAAUGCUGGCAUGUCAGUGAUGUCUCAAAUGAUGAUAAAACUGACAAACUACAUAAAAUCAGAGAUAUGCUUUCGAUGAUCACUGACAAAUUUCAGAAUAUAUUAAACCCCGGAAAAUAUGUAGUAAUUGAUGAGACAAUGAUACCCUGGAGAGGGCGAUUAGGUUUCCGUCAGUAUAUAAAAACAAAUCUCACCGAUAUGGCGUUAAGCUGUACAAACUUUGCACCCCCGAAGGUUAUACCUACCAAAUAG